AUCAUAGUCGAGGAACUUCAAGAAAGUUUAUUAUUCGUAUGGAUUCUGGCAUUACGAUACUGUAUUACGGCUCGAAUAGUGUACGUUCUGAAAUAGGAGCAGUGAGUUAGUUUAUAAUGGAAGGAGGUGGAGUACUUACAGCAGAACGCAGUCCUGCUCGUGCGAAUCUGCAUGUAGCUUUCAGUGAAAAGGGUGAGGUAAAGGAACGCAGGGAAAAAUUCUUAACAGCCAAGUAUGGGUCUCAUCAGAUGUCUCUUAUCCGUAAAAGACUUGCAGUUGAAAUGUGGCUCUUUGAUGAGCUAGAAAAACUAUAUGAAACAGUUAAUGAAAAUGGUAAAAAUCGGGAAGUUGAAAUAGAUAUAGAUGAACUUCUUGAUAUGGACAGUGAUGAUCAUAGACGAAGAUUUUUGCAGGAGUUAUUGGUUGAUACAAAGAAACCACCACAUGAUGUAAAUAAAUUCAUUAACGAUUUACUUGAAAAAGCUAAAACACUUUGAAGAACUUCCGCGUUCUUCUUAACACUUACGUGUUUGCAAGGACUUUUUUGAAGCAUGAACAAAUUUGCUCAGAUUUUGGGACGAGUCAAAGACAUAUUCAAGCCUUAAAUGAGUCGCGCGCAUACGUGACUUAAAUGCCAAUUUAUCAUUAUACUUGGAUCGAACAUAAUGGGGAAAAGAAAAUGAAAAAAAAUCUAAUCCAUCAAAUGACUCUGCACAUUUUUAUUCUAGCGUAUAUUAUUUCAUAUUGAAAUCGUAAGCAUUAGUAUCUGACUUAUCUCAGUACAACGGCUAACUUUGUUAGUUAUUUAUGUGCGCAUCGCAUAUCAAAUAAUAAAUCUCACAGUACACGGAACUGCCUUGCUGUACGAUCCAUCCAGUGUGAUGUAUAGUAGAAAACGUUUGUUCUUCUAUACUCUAGUUUUGUAUGCAUUCUAUACUCCAUUGUUCGUAGUAAUAUUUAUGUUAUUAGGGGAUGAUUAACUAACAAAGAUACUUCCAAAACACUGUAACUAUAUCAAAUAAUUUCUAUGCAUAUCCUAAGUUCAUUGAAUUGUCACGACUGAGGAUAUGAUUGGGUUUGAAAUGAUUAAUAUUUUUUAUGUUGUAGCGAAUUAAUACAAACUUUUUUUUUAUUUAUUGUAGAAGAUACUUUAAGGGGGCAGAUAUGCAAAAUUUCGCAUCGAAUGCUUGUAUGAAUUUAAAGGGGGAAAAAAAAGAAAGAAACGAAAAAAAAAAAAAAAAAUGAUGGAAUCUGUUUGAUAAUAUAAUAAAAGCGUGUAUGUUUCAGAUGAUAUUAUCACUGGCAUAGUAAUAAUUAAAACGUGGAAAUGACACCUAUCGUUGCUCCAGUACCGAAUCAGUAUUGAAAAUUAUCGUGAAGCAGAAAUUAACUCUGCCGUAAGUUUGUCAUUUUGCUCCUCUUUUUUUUUGGAUAAUUGUUGAUUGAAAUUUUUCAAAGUUCUUGUUAAGUCGUUAAUUAAAAAAAAAAAGAAGAAUGAAGGAAAAACCAUAAAAACAUUCCUACAUUUAGAAAGAUAUUAAAUUCUUUAUAUUGUAACGACGAUGUAGUGAUGAUUUUUUAAAUUACUUUGUUACUUAUAUAAUCAUGUUGUUAAUUUUCAAGAUUUUAAAUUUCUAUUUAUAGACGUGUUAUACUCGUUUAAAUGAUCGGUCGAUCAUCUUUAAUGAAUCUUUAAUAGAUCAAUUCGCGUAUUUGUCUCGAAAAAGAAAGAACAAAUGGAAUGAAUGUACAAGUCCUCUGUUCUGACGGCCUCGUUUGGAUAAAAUAAUUGUAAAUGCGUAGAAUUAUUCGUGUGUAUCUAUAUGUAGUACAAAUUAGCGUUUGUGUUAUGAAAAGAAAAAAUAAUUCACCGUCGCAACAGAGUGCAAUCAUAGGUGACAUUUAUACGAUUUACCGACAGUCAUUUAACAUACGAGCUAUCGUGUAAAAUGUAUCCACAGUUACUGUAAAAGAGGAAGGGAGUGAAUUUAACGCAAACUUCCGGAUAAACCCAAAGGAUCUCUUGCACCGAUGUAUCUCGCAUUAAUUACUUAAAACCAAAAAUGAAAAAAAAAGACUGCACAAGUGGAAUUUACCUUCCUCUUAGACACCAUAUAUUAUAAUAUAGAUGCGUACAGAAAUCACAGUAAGUGGCAAAACAGGAUGGAUAAGAUGGAUAUAUUAUCGAAGAUCGAAUACACAGUAUCGGAUGUUGAACGGGGAACCAAAAAGUUUUCUGUUUAUGCUGGACAAAAACGUAAAAAGCAAUACCUGUAUGAUGUGAUUACUUAAAACUAUAUAUUCACGUGAAAGAAAAAGGAAAGAAAUGGCUAGAAGAACUCUGUGGCUACCUCGUACGCCAUAUUUCUAGUGCUAUUAAUCCCCAUUCAAAGAACAGACAAAAAAAGAAGAAGAAAACGUGGAGAAACAAGAAUGAUUUUAUCCAAGCAAAGACUUAGUGAAUCACUAUCAUUUUACGAGAUAUAUUUGAGUGUACAGAGAUUCACAGCUGCCAUUUGUCUUUUGGCAAAAAUGUGAUCUUUGUAGACUUGAUCUGAGGGCAUAGAGAAAUGUGUUUAGAAUAUCUUUCUACUCACCCAUCCUUCAAACAAAAAAAUAUACUUCCAUUUAGGUGAAUAACGUGUAAUUAAAGGAGAAAAAAAGGUCUUGUCACUCAAUUAUAUAUAUUUAAAACUUUAUACGACAAAAUAUAUGUGAAUGUAUAAUUAAGAUUAGGGAAGUAAAAAACAAAAGUACUAUACAAUAAACCUUGAUCUCAUAAUAAAACGGUGCAAUCGUGACGUGUUCGUUCACUUUUGAUCAAGUGGAGUCAUAUGACUAUAUGACACACGUAUUUAGCGAUUGAUUUUUAUGUCGAACGAAGACGUCAGAAUCCAAUCAGAGUUUAUUGUACUAGAAACGAUACAAUCAAUUGGUGCACUUGUGAUUUAGUGUUGUACAACGGUAUGCGACCUUCGAUAGAAUUAUGUUCAUCGAAUCGGCACGUAAAAUGGAGAAGAGGAAAAAAUACAAGAAGAUUAUGAAGUUUUUAAAUUUUAUCACCAGAAAACAAUGUCGCUGUAGAAACCGGCUCCUUUCUUCUUUCAUCCUGCGUUAUAAAAUAAAAACGUGGAUCAAGUGCUUUGCGUGUAAUGCUCGUUGGCAUGUGAAGAAUGUUUCGUAAUAUAUAUGUAUCGUUCCGGCUUCGUGUCUUUAAAAAAAGAAAGGCGUAGGAAACUCGUGUGUAAUUGGUAUGAUGCGAUUUCAACGUUAUUCUCUCGGCGAGUCGUGUUUUGCAAGAAAUGCGUGGAAUACAUUAAUGUCUCGAAGAAAAAGAGGAAAACACGAUGAAAGACGUAAAUUUAUAUCCGUAAAAUGGCACUGGAAUUUCUCAUCCUCGUGUGAAUGUCUUGGAAUGUUAAUGUUGUAAUACUGAAUCAAAUUAAUCCAUAAUACUCUUAAGUAAGAGGGGAAAGCACUUUUACACUGACGAAAUAAAAUUGAAACUUCCGCGAUGAAAAAAAAAAAA